GGGACAGCCGGCCUCUCCUCUCCUCUCCUCUCCGCAGUCGAGUCCCGUCCCUGCAGAGCGAUGAGGGGGGUUCCCCGGACCAGACAGCCCUGGGUGCUCCUAAGCUGCCUGUGCUGCUGCCUCAUGGGAAAUAACACAAUAGCGACAACGUGCCAUUCUCUGUUGUCCCAAGGACACACUACAGGAGGAGGAAAUGCAUCCUCACUCUCUGGUGUGAGCACCAUACCUCCAACAACCUCAGAGAUCUCCCCUGAGAUGACGACCACAGGUUGCACUCCAGGAAGCACAGGGGACCUGUCCCUCCCUGUAACCGCAAGUCUCACUCCAGGCACCUCAGGAAUCUCAAUGACAACUGUACCAAACACACUGUCAGCAGCACCACCACUCAGCACCUCAUCUCCGGACACAUCUACGUCUCCUCAGAGCCACCAGGCUAAGAGUGCACAGACCACCAGAGAAUCCGAGACCAGGGGCCCAACAGCAGUGACCUCAUCAGUUCCUCUGUCCUCCCCCAGAGGAAAUGCUCUGACUGGGACAGCCUCUCCAGAGGUGUCCUCUCCGUUGCAAGCCACCACCUCACCUCCUUCCAGUGUCAGCAGCAGCAGGCCCUCAGUGACAUCAGCAGUGGGCACCAGGACGGCCUCCACAGACUCUGCUCCAGGGAGCACAGGGGACACAGCCCCACCUGUAACCAAGAGUGUUCUGCCCAUCACCUCAGGGCCCUCAGUGACAGCUGCACCUGCGGGACUGUCCACAGUGCCUCCCAGCACUUCUGCUCAGAACACAGCCUCAUCUCCCCCCAGCCAGCAGACUCCGAGUAUGGCUGCCACUGCAGAAGCUCACACAGUGAAAUCAGCUGACACAGCUGCUGCUUCCUCAUCCCCAAACAGGGGCACAAGCGGGCCAGGGAGUGCUCUCCCAGACACGUCCUCCUCCUUCCCCAGCUCCUCCUCCACGCCCUUCACUCAUUCACCACCUGAGUUGUCAGCUGCCACCCAUCCUGACAGUACCCCAGGGACGAGAGCAACAUCUGUUUUCAUCCACAGCACCUUUGCUCCCGCCAUGACUGAUGUCUCAAGUACAGGGAGACCCGCUGAUUUAUCCACCCCAACUUCUCUCACCACCUCCCCUCAGGAAACAGCAGUCAUUUCCAAGAUGGUGCAGACUCAAAGUGCCGGGACCAGCAGAGGAUCAGAAGCCACCAGUUUGGACUCCCAGGUGACUGAAACCAUCUCAGUGGGCACACUCCCUCCUAUACCCACCACAAGUGGGCACACGUCUCCACGAAUUGACACCCAUAUCGGGCCACCUUCAAGUACCACUCAAGCCUUUCCUCCAACUCAAGUCAGUGGCAGCCAUGGGAUCCAGACAACAGCACCAGCUUCAUCAUCAGUGGUAGCUGAUGGGCCAUCUGGGGUGGAUUCCACUACCCAGGGCCAUGUUGCUUCUCAUUCUCCUUCCUCGGUUGGGCCCACAAGUGGACAGGUUCUGACGCUAAGCUCGAGCUCAGUGGCCCAUGAGGACCAGACUGCCCGGGUCUCUGCCUCCGAAGGCUCUGACAACAGGCUCUUGACAAGCACUAUGCUGCUCUCCACUUCCUCAGUGCUUCUCUCCACCACGCCCACCCAUGGGUAUCCUGAAACUGUUCAGGCCACACCAUCUGCCUCCCACCCCAGCACAGGUCCCACGUAUUCUGGUCCUACAAGCAGUCAUGGUGGCCCACUUGACUCCACCUUGGCUUCAUCACUUUCAAGCAAGAUCACUCUGGAAGCUUCCUCACCAUCUGAGCAUCCUACUCUGCAGCCAUCCACUGACUUUUCUUCCUCGGGCUCUCCUUCCUCUGCUAAGAUGGGCACACAUCAGACCACACCAAGUCUCCACACUUCAACGAGUAAUUCUCCCUUUUCCCAGCCCACCCUUGCCCCUGCAGGAAGUUCCAUCUGGAUCACCACCACCCGCCUCCCAGGUCCCACCUCUGCCCUGUCUGUUACCAGCCCUUCCUCACCACCCACGCCAUCCUCGGGCUCCACAGAGAAGGCUGAAACCUCAGGAGGAGGAAAUGCAUCCUCACUCUCUGGUGUGAGCACCAUACCUCCAACAACCUCAGAGAUCUCCCCUGAGAUGACGACCACAGGUUGCACUCCAGGAAGCACAGGGGACCUGUCCCUCCCUGUAACCGCAAGUCUCACUCCAGGCACCUCAGGAAUCUCAAUGACAACUGUACCAAACACACUGUCAGCAGCACCACCACUCAGCACCUCAUCUCCGGACACAUCUACGUCUCCUCAGAGCCACCAGGCUAAGAGUGCACAGACCACCAGAGAAUCCGAGACCAGGGGCCCAACAGCAGUGACCUCAUCAGUUCCUCUGUCCUCCCCCAGAGGAAAUGCUCUGACUGGGACAGCCUCUCCAGAGGUGUCCUCUCCGUUGCAAGCCACCACCUCACCUCCUUCCAGUGUCAGCAGCAGCAGGCCCUCAGUGACAUCAGCAGUGGGCACCAGGACGGCCUCCACAGACUCUGCUCCAGGGAGCACAGGGGACACAGCCCCACCUGUAACCAAGAGUGUUCUGCCCAUCACCUCAGGGCCCUCAGUGACAGCUGCACCUGCGGGACUGUCCACAGUGCCUCCCAGCACUUCUGCUCAGAACACAGCCUCAUCUCCCCCCAGCCAGCAGACUCCGAGUAUGGCUGCCACUGCAGAAGCUCACACAGUGAAAUCAGCUGACACAGCUGCUGCUUCCUCAUCCCCAAACAGGGGCACAAGCGGGCCGGGGAGUGCUCUCCCAGACACGUCCUCCUCCUUCCCCAGCUCCUCCUCCACGCCCUUCACUCAUUCACCACCUGAGUUGUCAGCUGCCACCCAUCCUGACAGUACCCCAGGGACGAGAGCAACAUCUGUUUUCAUCCACAGCACCUUUGCUCCCGCCAUGACUGAUGUCUCAAGUACAGGGAGACCCGCUGAUUUAUCCACCCCAACUUCUCUCACCACCUCCCCUCAGGAAACAGCAGUCAUUUCCAAGAUGGUGCAGACUCAAAGUGCCGGGACCAGCAGAGGAUCAGAAGCCACCAGUUUGGACUCCCAGGUGACUGAAACCAUCUCAGUGGGCACACUCCCUCCUAUACCCACCACAAGUGGGCACACGUCUCCACGAAUUGACACCCAUAUCGGGCCACCUUCAAGUACCACUCAAGCCUUUCCUCCAACUCAAGUCAGUGGCAGCCAUGGGAUCCAGACAACAGCACCAGCUUCAUCAUCAGUGGUAGCUGAUGGGCCAUCUGGGGUGGAUUCCACUACCCAGGGCCAUGUUGCUUCUCAUUCUCCUUCCUCGGUUGGGCCCACAAGUGGACAGGUUCUGACGCUAAGCUCGAGCUCAGUGGCCCAUGAGGACCAGACUGCCCGGGUCUCUGCCUCCGAAGGCUCUGACAACAGGCUCUUGACAAGCACUAUGCUGCUCUCCACUUCCUCAGUGCUUCUCUCCACCACGCCCACCCAUGGGUAUCCUGAAACUGUUCAGGCCACACCAUCUGCCUCCCACCCCAGCACAGGUCCCACGUAUUCUGGUCCUACAAGCAGUCAUGGUGGCCCACUUGACUCCACCUUGGCUUCAUCACUUUCAAGCAAGAUCACUCUGGAAGCUUCCUCACCAUCUGAGCAUCCUACUCUGCAGCCAUCCACUGACUUUUCUUCCUCGGGCUCUCCUUCCUCUGCUAAGAUGGGCACACAUCAGACCACACCAAGUCUCCACACUUCAACGAGUAAUUCUCCCUUUUCCCAGCCCACCCUUGCCCCUGCAGGAAGUUCCAUCUGGAUCACCACCACCCGCCUCCCAGGUCCCACCUCUGCCCUGUCUGUUACCAGCCCUUCCUCACCACCCACGCCAUCCUCGGGCUCCACAGAGAAGGCUGAAACCUCAGGAGGAGGAAAUGCAUCCUCACUCUCUGGUGUGAGCACCAUACCUCCAACAACCUCAGAGAUCUCCCCUGAGAUGACGACCACAGGUUGCACUCCAGGAAGCACAGGGGACCUGUCCCUCCCUGUAACCGCAAGUCUCACUCCAGGCACCUCAGGAAUCUCAAUGACAACUGUACCAAACACACUGUCAGCAGCACCACCACUCAGCACCUCAUCUCCGGACACAUCUACGUCUCCUCAGAGCCACCAGGCUAAGAGUGCACAGACCACCAGAGAAUCCGAGACCAGGGGCCCAACAGCAGUGACCUCAUCAGUUCCUCUGUCCUCCCCCAGAGGAAAUGCUCUGACUGGGACAGCCUCUCCAGAGGUGUCCUCUCCGUUGCAAGCCACCACCUCACCUCCUUCCAGUGUCAGCAGCAGCAGGCCCUCAGUGACAUCAGCAGUGGGCACCAGGACGGCCUCCACAGACUCUGCUCCAGGGAGCACAGGGGACACAGCCCCACCUGUAACCAAGAGUGUUCUGCCCAUCACCUCAGGGCCCUCAGUGACAGCUGCACCUGCGGGACUGUCCACAGUGCCUCCCAGCACUUCUGCUCAGAACACAGCCUCAUCUCCCCCCAGCCAGCAGACUCCGAGUAUGGCUGCCACUGCAGAAGCUCACACAGUGAAAUCAGCUGACACAGCUGCUGCUUCCUCAUCCCCAAACAGGGGCACAAGCGGGCCGGGGAGUGCUCUCCCAGACACGUCCUCCUCCUUCCCCAGCUCCUCCUCCACGCCCUUCACUCAUUCACCACCUGAGUUGUCAGCUGCCACCCAUCCUGACAGUACCCCAGGGACGAGAGCAACAUCUGUUUUCAUCCACAGCACCUUUGCUCCCGCCAUGACUGAUGUCUCAAGUACAGGGAGACCCGCUGAUUUAUCCACCCCAACUUCUCUCACCACCUCCCCUCAGGAAACAGCAGUCAUUUCCAAGAUGGUGCAGACUCAAAGUGCCGGGACCAGCAGAGGAUCAGAAGCCACCAGUUUGGACUCCCAGGUGACUGAAACCAUCUCAGUGGGCACACUCCCUCCUAUACCCACCACAAGUGGGCACACGUCUCCACGAAUUGACACCCAUAUCGGGCCACCUUCAAGUACCACUCAAGCCUUUCCUCCAACUCAAGUCAGUGGCAGCCAUGGGAUCCAGACAACAGCACCAGCUUCAUCAUCAGUGGUAGCUGAUGGGCCAUCUGGGGUGGAUUCCACUACCCAGGGCCAUGUUGCUUCUCAUUCUCCUUCCUCGGUUGGGCCCACAAGUGGACAGGUUCUGACGCUAAGCUCGAGCUCAGUGGCCCAUGAGGACCAGACUGCCCGGGUCUCUGCCUCCGAAGGCUCUGACAACAGGCUCUUGACAAGCACUAUGCUGCUCUCCACUUCCUCAGUGCUUCUCUCCACCACGCCCACCCAUGGGUAUCCUGAAACUGUUCAGGCCACACCAUCUGCCUCCCACCCCAGCACAGGUCCCACGUAUUCUGGUCCUACAAGCAGUCAUGGUGGCCCACUUGACUCCACCUUGGCUUCAUCACUUUCAAGCAAGAUCACUCUGGAAGCUUCCUCACCAUCUGAGCAUCCUACUCUGCAGCCAUCCACUGACUUUUCUUCCUCGGGCUCUCCUUCCUCUGCUAAGAUGGGCACACAUCAGACCACACCAAGUCUCCACACUUCAACGAGUAAUUCUCCCUUUUCCCAGCCCACCCUUGCCCCUGCAGGAAGUUCCAUCUGGAUCACCACCACCCGCCUCCCAGGUCCCACCUCUGCCCUGUCUGUUACCAGCCCUUCCUCACCACCCACGCCAUCCUCGGGCUCCACAGAGAAGGCUGAAACCUCAGGAGGAGGAAAUGCAUCCUCACUCUCUGGUGUGAGCACCAUACCUCCAACAACCUCAGAGAUCUCCCCUGAGAUGACGACCACAGGUUGCACUCCAGGAAGCACAGGGGACCUGUCCCUCCCUGUAACCGCAAGUCUCACUCCAGGCACCUCAGGAAUCUCAAUGACAACUGUACCAAACACACUGUCAGCAGCACCACCACUCAGCACCUCAUCUCCGGACACAUCUACGUCUCCUCAGAGCCACCAGGCUAAGAGUGCACAGACCACCAGAGAAUCCGAGACCAGGGGCCCAACAGCAGUGACCUCAUCAGUUCCUCUGUCCUCCCCCAGAGGAAAUGCUCUGACUGGGACAGCCUCUCCAGAGGUGUCCUCUCCGUUGCAAGCCACCACCUCACCUCCUUCCAGUGUCAGCAGCAGCAGGCCCUCAGUGACAUCAGCAGUGGGCACCAGGACGGCCUCCACAGACUCUGCUCCAGGGAGCACAGGGGACACAGCCCCACCUGUAACCAAGAGUGUUCUGCCCAUCACCUCAGGGCCCUCAGUGACAGCUGCACCUGCGGGACUGUCCACAGUGCCUCCCAGCACUUCUGCUCAGAACACAGCCUCAUCUCCCCCCAGCCAGCAGAUUCCGAGUAUGGCUGCCACUGCAGAAGCUCACACAGUGAAAUCAGCUGACACAGCUGCUGCUUCCUCAUCCCCAAACAGGGGCACAAGCGGGCCGGGGAGUGCUCUCCCAGACACGUCCUCCUCCUUCCCCAGCUCCUCCUCCACGCCCUUCACUCAUUCACCACCUGAGUUGUCAGCUGCCACCCAUCCUGACAGUACCCCAGGGACGAGAGCAACAUCUGUUUUCAUCCACAGCACCUUUGCUCCCGCCAUGACUGAUGUCUCAAGUACAGGGAGACCCGCUGAUUUAUCCACCCCAACUUCUCUCACCACCUCCCCUCAGGAAACAGCAGUCAUUUCCAAGAUGGUGCAGACUCAAAGUGCCGGGACCAGCAGAGGAUCAGAAGCCACCAGUUUGGACUCCCAGGUGACUGAAACCAUCUCAGUGGGCACACUCCCUCCUAUACCCACCACAAGUGGGCACACGUCUCCACGAAUUGACACCCAUAUCGGGCCACCUUCAAGUACCACUCAAGCCUUUCCUCCAACUCAAGUCAGUGGCAGCCAUGGGAUCCAGACAACAGCACCAGCUUCAUCAUCAGUGGUAGCUGAUGGGCCAUCUGGGGUGGAUUCCACUACCCAGGGCCAUGUUGCUUCUCAUUCUCCUUCCUCGGUUGGGCCCACAAGUGGACAGGUUCUGACGCUAAGCUCGAGCUCAGUGGCCCAUGAGGACCAGACUGCCCGGGUCUCUGCCUCCGAAGGCUCUGACAACAGGCUCUUGACAAGCACUAUGCUGCUCUCCACUUCCUCAGUGCUUCUCUCCACCACGCCCACCCAUGGGUAUCCUGAAACUGUUCAGGCCACACCAUCUGCCUCCCACCCCAGCACAGGUCCCACGUAUUCUGGUCCUACAAGCAGUCAUGGUGGCCCACUUGACUCCACCUUGGCUUCAUCACUUUCAAGCAAGAUCACUCUGGAAGCUUCCUCACCAUCUGAGCAUCCUACUCUGCAGCCAUCCACUGACUUUUCUUCCUCGGGCUCUCCUUCCUCUGCUAAGAUGGGCACACAUCAGACCACACCAAGUCUCCACACUUCAACGAGUAAUUCUCCCUUUUCCCAGCCCACCCUUGCCCCUGCAGGAAGUUCCAUCUGGAUCACCACCACCCGCCUCCCAGGUCCCACCUCUGCCCUGUCUGUUACCAGCCCUUCCUCACCACCCACGCCAUCCUCGGGCUCCACAGAGAAGGCUGAAACCUCAGCUGUGAUGAUGACCUCCCCGAGCACAGUGACCUCUCGUCUCCUUGCCAUCUCACCAACCCUUCUCACUUCCACACCCAGCACACCCAGUGUCUUGCACUCCACAGCCCGCUUGCGUCCUUUCAAUCCAGAACCUGAUGUUGCUCUCUUUCCAUACGGGCAAAGUGAAGGAGACCAACACUUUGUCAGGAGGACUGUGGACUUUACCUCGCAGCUCUUCAGGAUCAGGAUUGGCUUCCCACUUGGCUCCUCUUUGUGGGACUCCUUCUAUUUCACAGAUAAUGGCCAGAUCUUUUUCCCCGAGUCAGACUACCAGAUCUUCCCGUAUCCUAACCCGCCCUCAGGGGGGUUCAACGGAUGGAACACUGCAGCCACUGUGGCUCCCUUCUGGGAUGAUGCUGACUUCUCCCGUCAGACUGGCAACAUCUUUUACCAGGAAUAUGAGACAUUCUACAAUGAAGACCACCCACUAGUCCGGCAGGUGGAGACUUCGAUUGAAAAGUUCACAGAUUCCGGGAGCUACAAAGCCAAGUGGACCCUAAAGGUCACAUGGGUCCGUGUCUCUGCCUACCCUGCUCAGCAGACCUCUGGGACCAACACCUACCAAGCCAUCCUCUCCACGGACGGCAGCAGAUCCUAUGCCCUGUUUCUGUACCAGAGUGGAGAAAUGAAGUGGGAUGUGGCUCAGCACCAGGGCAACAGUUCUGUCCUCAUGGGCUUCUCCAGCGGGGAUGGCUACUUUGAGAACAGCCCGCUGAUGUCCAGGCCACUGUGGGAGAAGUAUCGUCCAGACCAGUUCCUGGAUCCCAAAUUAGGCAUCCGGGGGCUGCAGGUCUAUAAGCUGCAUAAGGAGGAGAAGCCCAACUUCCGCCUCAGGUGCCUGCAGCGGCUGAGCAGCCUGCGGCCCAGCUGGACCUCAAGGCUGCUCUUCUGCCCGUGCUCCUGGCAACAGGGAAGAUGGGACUUGCGGUUCCGGCCCCUCAGCCUAGGCAGGUGGGGUGUCCGUGGCCGGUACCUGUGUAGCUUCUCCUCCCGGCUGGGUGGCGUCUGCUGCAGCUAUGGGCCUUGGGGGGAGUUUCAGGAAGGCUGGAGCGUGCGGAGCCCAGAGCAGCUGGUCUGGGAACUGGAGACGCAGCACUGGUGCUGCCGCUGGAAUGACAAGCCCUCCUUCUGCACCUUGUACCAGGCACGGUCGCCCCACGUCGGCUGCGCCACCUACAGGCCCCCUCGGCCCGCCUGGAUGUUUGGGGACCCCCACAUCUUCACCUUGGACGGUGCCAACUUUACCUUCAAUGGGCUGGGGGACUUCCUGCUGGUCCGUGCCCAGGACAGCAACUCCUCCUUCCUGCUCCAGGGCCGCACUGCCCAGACCGGCUCCGCCAACGCCACUAACUUCAUUUCCUUUGCUGCUCAGUACAACGCCAGCGGCCUAGCCCCCAUCACAGUCCAGUUUCUCCUGGAGCCCAACGACACGGUCCACGUUUUUCACAAUAACAAGACUGUGACGUUUGAGACCAGCCGGGAAGAUGCUGAAGGCGCAGAAACUUUCAGUGCCACCGGAGUCCUGCUGACCCGCAAUGGCUCCCUGGUCUCAGCCAGCUUUGACAGCACGGUGACCAUCUCGGUGACUGUUCUCUCCAACAUCUUGCACGCCACGGCCAGCCUCCCGCAGGAGUACCGGAACCGCACCGAGGGCCUUCUAGGAGUCUGGAAUGAUAACCCAGAAGACGACUUCAGGAUGCCCAAUGGCUCCUCUGUUUUCACUGACUCAGAGGAGAUGCUUUUCCACUACGGGAUGACCUGGGCCCUCAACGGAACAGGCCUCCUUGGCAGCCAAAGUGACCCGCUGCCUUCCAGCUUCACCCCGGUCUUCUUCUCCCAACUGUCGGCAAACCAUACCCUGGUCUCCAGAUGUGACGGGGUCAGACAGUGCAUCUACGACACGAUGGCCACUGGAGACAUCCGCACAGGCCUCCACACCAGGAGCCUCUUCACAGCGUACCAGCGGAUGAACGCCACCCUCAAUCAGUUCCCGCCCUCCAUUAGUGGCUGCCAUGUGAUCAGAGCCUACAAGGACCAUACGUCAAGAUUUCAGUGCACCAGCAACUCUGCGAAUGUCACCUUCAUGCUCCAAGGGAACCACAGCUCCUUCCAGCUCUUUGAGAACGGGAUUUUGCAAUGGACACCAAAGUCGCCAGAGCCAGUCACCCUGGAGAUUCUAGCUCGAGACGCCCAGACCGGUUUGUCAUCUGUCCUCCAGCCCAAGAUGGUGGCCUGCUUUUGCAAUGCAACCAGUCAGUGUCUGUACAACCAGACCCGUCGUGUGGGCCAUUCAUCCAUGGAGGAGGCCAGCUGCCAGUGCAACAAGGACACCUUUGGCCGCCACUGUGAGCAUUUCAAGAACCUCUGUGAUGAGCAGUGCUUCCCGAAUGUGCAGUGUACCCCUGGGAAGGGCUGCGGGGCCUGCCCCCAGGACAUGACUGGGGACGGCAGGCAUUGUGCAGCCCUCCUCUGUCAGAAUGAGUCCUGCCCCAUGGAUUACUGCUACAACCACGGCCACUGCUACUUGUCCUUGACUCAGGGCUGCCAGCCCACUUGUACCUGUGCCCCAGCCUUCACAGACGCCCGCUGCUUCCUGGCAGGGAACACUUUUGUUCCCUCCAUCCUUGGAGAGCUUCCCAUGAGGUCCAUCCUGCUGUCACUCUGUGAGGAGGAAAAUGCCACGAAGGAAGAUGUGAAUGCCUCGGUGGCAUACAAGCUGCAGCACCUGAACAUACGGGCAUUUCUCCGGAACAGCCACGUGGAACGCAGCCACUCCACAGCACUGCCCUCGGGACGCUCCGUACAGCACUGGAUGGUGGUCUCGGAGUUCCAGUACCGUCCCAGUGGCCCUGUCAUCUACUUCCUAAAUGAGCAGCUCCUGGACGCCGUGGUCAGCGCCUUCCUGCCCCAGGCACGGAGUGCGAGGUGGAGGAGGAGCGCAGAGGCCCGUAACAACGUGACCUUCCAGCCCAUCAGCAGGGAAGAUGUGUUGGACAACCAGGCUCCACUGAACACGAGCAACCUGAGCAUGUAUUUCAAAUGCAACGGUUAUGAGGGCUACCACCUAGUCUACAGCCCCCAGAUUGGUGUCACCUGCGUGUCCCCAUGCAGCGAGGGCUACUGUCAACACGGAGGCCGGUGCCAGCACCUGCCCGAUGGGCCGCACUGCAGCUGCCUGACUUUCUCCAUCUACACAUACUGGGGCGAGCGCUGCGAGCACCUGAGCUUGAAACUUGAUGUAUUCUUCGGUAUCCUUUUCGGGUCCCUGUUCGCCCUCUUGCUGCUGGGGGUUGUUGCCUGGGUAGCCCUGCACCUAUGGGGCCCAUCUAGACCCAAGUUCUCGUACCCUCUUACCUUGGAGAACUGAGGCCUCGCCCAGGUGUCAGGUGUACCUCGGAGGCCUGGUGGACUCUGACCUCCCCACAUGCUGGAGCGCCAUUGCUUCGGGGACACUGAACAGGGAGUGAAUGAAGUUGAUCUAGGACUCUGCAAGAAGAACCGAGGAUGGAGGACUUCUGAUUGAUGUCCUACAGCGCACAGAAAGGGCCGUGAAGACCAAACACACCCAGUGAGUGGGUUCUGAUACCCAGGAGGGUCGCCGUUUUAUGUGGGAACGCGUGUGUGCAAGCUACACACAAACACACAACAGAACUGGUCUAAAUUAACCAAAAUGCUGGUUUACUUCUGAUUCGAGUUUAUUUAAAUAAAGUACUAGACCAAAACUCUGAUUUACUUCUGAUUCAAGUUUAUUUAAAUAAAGUGCUUCUGACGUUUUGUCUCUAACCAGUGGAUUCCCGCCCAUUUUCUU